GAAGCUCCUUUGAAGCCUCAAGCCAGAAAAAGAAUACAAACCCCUCGUCCCAGAUGCGACCGACGCCUGCCGGUACAAGUGGCAGCACUGGUGGUGGUGGUGAACUGAGUCGUGGUGGACUCGCCCGCUUCCGCUCUGCUCCCGCCAGCUGGUUAGAGGCACUUCUCGAGGACGACGAAGAAGACCCCUUAAAGCCCAACCAGAGUUUAACUCAGUUACUUGCUGCUUCCAACUCUUGCACUCCCACUCCCACUUCCAGAGAAGACUCCGCCACCUUUGAUUCUUCCUCCGCCGAUCCCGGACUCUUUGACUCCGGUUCCUCCCCCGGCAUCUUCAGGCAGAAUAGCUCUCCAGCUGAGUUGCUUCAGAAUUCGAGUCUUGGGUCUGAAGGCUACUUCUCCAACUUUCGUAUUCCAGAAAAUUACAACUAUGUGUCGCACAAUAUCGACACUCCUCCCGGUAGUAAGCGGGAGAGGGAGGUUGAAGCCCAGCAAUUGACUGCAGCAAUUUUUUCAUCUCGGCCGAAAGGGGAACAAAGCGGUCAGGGACCUGAUGGGGUGGGUGGUCUAAGAGAUAUGGAGAUGGAAAAUCUUUUGGAGGAUUCAGUUCCUUGCCGGGUUCGGGCAAAGCGUGGUUGUGCUACACAUCCCCGUAGCAUCGCAGAGAGGGUUCGAAGAACACGAAUAAGUGAUCGCAUAAGGAAGCUUCAGGAACUGGUGCCCAACAUGGAUAAGCAAAUAAAUACUGCAGAUAUGUUAGAAGAAGCAGUGGAGUAUGUUAAGUUUCUUCAAAAGCAGAUUCAGUACAAAACAGAAUGCAUAUUGUUCACAAAUCGAGACUUCCGGAACAUUGCAGGAACUCUCCGAUCAUCAGCAGAAAUGCAAAUGCAUAGCCAAGGAUUAAGCACGAGAGUGUAUUAAAAUAGCUCCCAGAAUCGUGUAAUUAUAUGAUUUUUGAGGUUUCAGAAAAGGUUCGCCAUAUUGAUUUGCCAUUAAUAUUCUCUGUGCUCUCAAAUAUACGCUUUGUAAUUACAAGAUCAAGCACACUCCUCCUUGAUAUGUAGAUUUCAGGUUCAAUAAUUGAGUCUAUAAUUGGGUCUGUAAUUCCGACUUGGAAAAAAAUGUUUGUAGUUGCAAAUAAUGCAUUUUUUUUUUCCCAAUUGCUGUUGCCCCAACUUCCUUAUUUAAGAUGAUGUA